AUCUAUAGUAUGAGUUUACGGUUGUCAGCAUUGUUUGAAGAACACAUGAGCUCCAUUAUUUCUGACUACAAGGCAGCAGUUCGAUUCUAUUCGAGAAAGAAGGCUUCCAGCCAAAGGCGGAAACGAAGGAGGAGUAGCUCUCCCUCGAGCAGUGCAGCAUCGAGCCCUGAAAGGAAACGAAGGUUUUUAAAACCCCAAGCCAAGAUAGAGGAGUCCAUUUCUUCACCCUUAUCUAUGCCUGUCAGAUCAACAAGUAUGAAAACAUCUGUUAUUCAGGCCAAUGGCAAGGCAAGUGAAUCUUCUACUAUUGUCCGGACCAGAAGAACGAGGCUACGUCUGGGGAUUACCUCUGGGACAGAAGCAUCAUCUUCGUUGGCGGCAGUGGCAGCUGUUUCCAAGUCUUCUGUUGCAGCAUCAUCAGGACCUUCAACAGAUUAUAAUGCUAAGCCAUCGAAAGCUCAGAACAACCUCGGUUAUCCUAAACUACCUGAAUCAAAACACAGUACACAGACUUCAUUGACAGAUGAGGAACCUGAAAAAAGAAAGUUAACACGUAGAAAUAAAUCAACACCAUACAAACAACCAAAAG